GAGACGGAAGGAAAGGCGUGCACGUGGGACUGGUGGGGAGAGCUGCGCGCGCCUGGAAUGGGAGAUAGUUCUCGGAGUUAUCAUGGCGUCGCUCAAGGGUAGCACCGUCGUCUGUGUGAUCUGUUUGGAGAAACCCAAAUAUCGCUGCCCCACCUGCCGCGUGCCCUACUGCUCCUUGACCUGUUCCCGUAAGCAUAAAGAGCAGUGCAGUCCUGAAACUUGUCCUAUUGAGAAAAAACUAAGAUCAGCUGUUACUGAAAAAACUGCAAAGCCUGUGGAAAACAAAGAUGAUGAUGACGACUCUAUAGCUGAUUUUCUCAAUAGCGAUGAGGAAGAGGACAGGGUUUCUCUGCAGAAUUUAAAGAAGUUAGGGGAGUCUGCAGAAGUAAGAAGCUUAUUGCUCAACCCACACCUCAGACAGUUGAUGGUCAGCCUUGAUCAGGGGGAGGACAAGGCCAAGCUCAUGAGAGCCUGCAUGCAGGAGCCCUUGUUUGUGGAGUUUGCCGACUGCUGUUUAAGGAUCGUGGAACCAUCCCAGAAUGAGGACUCUUAAAUGGACUGUCGUGCUGCUUGCUCAGGCUUGUGAUGGACUCUUGGAGCCUGCUUGCUCCCUCUCGCAGGAGACCAGUUCCCCGGGCCCGGAGCAGGGGCGGUGGUUUCCAGCACGCAGGCCGGCUGACCUGGGGUAGGUCCUGCAAGUCGUCGCAUCUAGUGCUGUGGGCUGGGGUGUCAGGUGGAUGGGGGCAGUCCAGGGGCAGACACUCAGGUGGUUGUUUUCAAGUUGUUUAUUUUUGGUACAGUUAAGGUGGAUGUUGUAAAUGAUAAUUUAUCAAGUUUCACACUCAUUUGAGUGAAAACUUAGUGUUACUAAGUAAAAUCAAGAUGUGGUUCUGUGGCACAUUGCACUGUUCAUCAUCCCUGGUUUGUGAUCUAAAUUAAAUAAGUCAACAGCACAUUAAA